GUCUGGUUUUUCAGUACUGUUCUUCUCCAAGAAAGGCAAAACUAGGAGGAGAAGAAAUGACUUCUGUUCUCCUAACAGCUGGGUCCCAGCUACCACUGACAUUCCAAGAUGUGGCCGUGGACUUCACCUGGGAGGAAUGGAGGCUCUUGGCACCUUCUCAGAAGGACAUGUACUGGGAUGUAAUGCUGGAGAACUAUGAGAAUUUUGUCUCCCUUGGAGGCAUUCCUAUUUCCAUACCAAAUGUGAUUUCUCAUAUGGAAAGAAUAGAAGCACCAUGGAUGGCAGAGAGAGGAGUCCUGAUUAGCACUUUCCUAGAUUCUCUUAAUCAGAAGACAAGAUGUGAAACCAAGGAGCCAACUCUAAAGAGAGAACCAUUCCAAGGAAUGCUUACAAAGUACAGCCCCUGGCAAUCUACUUUGGAAGAAACUUAUGCUCCUGAUGUUGACUUAGAUAGGCAGAAGGAAAAGCAAGAGAAACAGACUACGGAGGAAAAAAUCACUAAUGAAUCUUCUACUGAAUGUAAUAUAUUUGGGAAAAACCUCAUCCUGGGAUCAGCUGUCAUUCCUCAACAGAAAGUUUCUAUAGGAGAAAGUAUCUAUAAAUAUGAUACAUUUGGAAAGAACUUAAAACAGGUUUUAGAUCCAUUUAAACAUAAGAGAAUUUCCAUUGGGAAGAAACUUUGUAAGGAUAGUAAAUUCAAAAAGCCCUUCAGUUGCCAGACAAAUAUUAUUCAUUACCACAGAAAACAUGUUCAAGGGAAACUUCAUAAGUGUAAUGAAUAUAACAUAAAUUUCAACAGCGUUACUGUUCAUCAAAGAAAUCACAGUGGAGUGAAACCCUAUAGAUGUGAUGAUUGUGGGAAAGCCUUCAGUAAGAAAGGGAUCCUUAAUAAACAUAAGAUAAUUCAUACUAAAGACAGACAAUUGAAAUGCAAUACAUGUGGGAGAACUUUCAGAUACUACUCAUGUCUUAUGCGACAUCAGAGAAUGCAUGCCAAUGAGAAACCCUAUAAAUGUAAUGAAUGUGGGAAAUGCUUUAGGCAAAGGGGAAUCCUUAAGACACAUCAAAUAAGUCAUACUAGAGAAAACCAUUUGGAAUGUAAUCUAUGUGGGAAGGGCUUCAGAUACCGUGCAUCUCUGAGGGUACAUAAGAAAUUACAUAGUGGAGAAAAACCUUACAUCUGUAGUGAAUGUGGAAAAGCCUUUAGCCUUAAGGGAAAUCUUAAAAGUCAUGAAAGAAUCCAUACAGGUGAGAUGUCUUUUGAAUGCAAUGAAUGUGGAAGGGCAUUUAUCCUGAGGAGAGCUCUCAAUAGACAUAAGAGAGUUCAUAGUGCAGAGAAACCCUAUAUAUGUAAUGAAUGCGGAAAAGCCUUCAGGUGGUGUACAAAUCUUAAAACACAUAAAAGGACUCAUACUGGAGAGAAACCCUAUAAAUGUGAUGAAUGUGGGAAAGCAUAUACUGAUCAUCAAAGCUUAAUUCGUCACCAACUAUUUCAUGCUGGAGAUAAAACUUUUCAAUGUGAUGAAUGUGGGAAGGUCUUUACCCAUAAAGCAAAUCUUAAACGACAUAAGAGAUCUCAUUCUGGAGAAAAACCCUACAUAUGCAAUCAAUGUGGGAAAGCUUUUAUUGCAAUGGAAAACCUUAAAAGACAUAUGAGAAUUCAUACUGGAGAGAAACCCUAUAAAUGUAGUGAAUGUGGGAAAGCUUUCACCAGUCAUCAAAGCCUAAAUAAUCAUCAGGUAUUUCAUACUGGGAAAAAAACAUUUCAGUGCAACGAAUGUGACAAAGCCUUUACGACAAGAGCAAACCUUAUUAUACACAAGAGAGUUCAUACUGGAGAGAAACCUUACGUAUGUAAUGAAUGUGAGAAAUCAUUCAGUGUGAAGAGAUCCCUAACUUUGCAUAAAAUAACUCACACUGGGGAGAAACCCUUUGAAUGUAAUGAAUGUGGGAAAGCCUUCCGCCAGAAGGGAAGCCUUAAGAGACAUAAAAGAAUCCAUACUGGAGAGAAACCAUAUAAAUGUAAUGAUUGUGGGAAAGCCUUCACCAAUCAAGAAAGCCUAACUUACCAUCAUAAUCGGGAAAGACCCUUUCAGUGUAGUAAAUGUGGGAAAGCCUUCAUCCGGAAAGGAAAACUUAAUAAAGAUGCAAUUACAGAAACAGAAACAAAACUCAAUAUCUGUUAUAAAUGUGAAAGAACAUUUAACCUAAAGGGAAACCCUAAGACACAUAAAAUAACUAUAGAGAAACAUUCUGAACAUAAUUAAUAACUUAGUGGAUCUUAGGAGGAAGAUGAGCCUUAAAAUCUCAUUCUGCCACAUAACUCCAAUUGGAGCUUGGGGACCAUUGUAUAAGAAAUGCUUAUUCAGGGACAGGGUAAUGAUUAAGGUUAUAAUGGGGGUGGUAAGGAGUUUUUUUAAACCCCAUAUCAUGUAGUUAACUACCACCAUGGACUUAAAAUCAUCAUUAGACUCCAGUAUUCAAAAGAAAACAUUUAAAUCUGUGUGAAUUCAAGUGGCUUUUAUUAGUUCCCUAGAUGAUUGUGGUGUGUUAAUCCCAAGCUGUGCACUCCUUACAAGAGCAUCAGCCUGACCUUGCCAGGGAAAGGCUUCUGAAAUCUGCACCCCAGGAGAUGGGAGCAGAACAUUAAGUAGUGAUUAGGGCUUAAAUUCAGAGUAUACUCAGUAACAAUAAGGUGUCAGAAACAAUACAGUCCAGGUUUGAAACGAUAAUCAAUGGGGGUGGUGUGGUGCAUGGUGGAGGGCAUCCAACAGAGAACAGUUUGGUUUAAAUUAUCAGAAGGCAUCGGCCAUUCUAUAAUAUUGGAGAUGUGCGUUGCUCCAACCUUAUUUAUGCCAUGUUCACACCAGUACUUCAUGUAUUUCCUUUAAUGUAUUCCCUAGACAAAUAUUUACUACAUGUGUCGUUUAUGUGUUUCUUGGUCAUAUGUGUGGACAGAGUGGUGAGUCUAUGCUCAGGAAAACGUGAGUUCAAAUCCAGCCUCAGAUACUUACUAAUGGUCUUACCCUAGGAAUUGUUUAUUCUCUGUCUGCCUCAGUCUUUUCAUUUGUAAAAUGUGGAUAAUAAUUGUACCCACCUCCCAGGGUUGCUAUGAGGAUCAAAAGAGAUACUAAUUGUAAAGUGUUUAACACAGUACCUGGCACAUAAUAUGUAACUAUAUACAUGCUAUUUAUUUAUUUAUUUAUUAUUAUUGAUGCUGUUAUAUGUUUUCUGCUUAUACUUCCCAAUUGCAAUUGUGGUAACCUAUGGGAAAACCUCAUGUGUGCAUGGGGGUAUCUUAUUACAACAUUUACUAUACUAUUUAAUUAAAUAUCUUUUUAAAAA